CCGUGUGGCCAUGUGUGUCACCUGCCUGGUGAAUGAUCAUAUUCUUGCAGAUAACCUGCCAAGUUUUUUUCAAGUUAAACGCCGACGGCUUAUAUUCCAUAUACGGAAACAAAUCCGAUUCAACUGGCUCGAUCAGAAAACCAGGGACAUGAGUGCAGAGAACAACAAGCUAUCUAAGAAGAGGGCGACACAAGCACAAGCAUGAUCAUAUUCUUGCAGAUAAUCAAUGCAAGGAGUAAGACAGUGCUAUAAAAUUAAACCGGUUUAUUUUCAAGCACCGGUGUUUAUUUCUAUACUAGAGGUGUCUAAUUAAGCACCACCUGUCCGAUAGAACACAAGCACCAAUGCUUAGACAAAACCCGAUUUUCUUUGCAUUGAACAUGCUCUUGGCAGUUCUUCUAUCAAAAGACAACUUGAAACCUGGAAGGAGGAGACCCACACGACUUUAUCUCCCUGAUAAUCUACCACACACAGUUUUAUUCUCAACCUUGCUAUCCCAAACAUUAACAAUACUCGACUUAUAACACCUCUAGCUGCCCGCUGUCAAGCUGCUGCCUGCCCUUUUUCACCGGUUAGCUACUACGCGGUCCAUCCUAGCGUUGAGCAGCCAGUGACAGAUGAGCUCGCGGCAAAAAGAUGUCAAGAGAAGUUCCACUCCGAACUCUCGCCUUCGCAUGCUAAUUGCAAACUCACAGUUGAACCAAUGUCAUGCUUGGAUAUCGAAGUUUUUUUUUUCUCCCGAAAAGUUCUUUGUGAAGUUUCUAUGAAUUUCCCUAAAAAAAAGCUUCUAUGAAUUUAUCAUGCUCCAAUCUACAAUUUUUUUGUUUUUCACUUGUGAGAACUGAGUCCGAGUGCAUCUAGAAUCGUGUGGUGGUUGUAAAAAAAAGUAGAUCACUCCACCCAGGGACGUUUUUUUUUUCGUACCUCGCAUUACAAAACUACCAUCCUCGGUCAGCCUUCUAUACCUUUCUUUAAUUUCAAGGCUUCUUGAAAACCCAGAAUUCUAAAGAAUGAAAAAAAACAAUAGGAAAAAAGUAGGACUGAAAUGACAGUAAUGUUGAAUCUUACAGAAAACCAAUCAUGAAAAUUGUGCAAAAGGGUGGGUUGGAUACUUCACAUGAAUUGGAGAUAAGGUCCAUUCAAGACAGAAAUGAAAUUCUACGCUAGGACUAACCUCUUGUCUAGAAUCCAAUGAAAUCAGAUUGUAGGAACGCUGACCAUUUAGUUUUAGUGGUUUCAUUCCUUUGAUAAAAAACCAAAAAAUUUCAUUCCAAGUUAACUUCAUUAAAUUUUACAAAAAUUCAUUGCAAAUCCUUCGAUCUAAAGAAGCCCUUAAUGUAAGCAGGGCAUACCAUUCUGUCUCACAGGAAUUCUUUUUCCAUGUUUGAUAAAAAGAAAACUCCCAUGCACGUUUUGCUACAUAUUGUGCACGUUAUACUUAUUUCUUUCUAGGAACGCUGCAUGUGAGGCCCACCUCUUAUGUUUCAAAUAUAAAAAAAGAAGUUAGUUUCAACUGAACUAACAGCCAAUAUGCACCAAAAAUAGACUUCCAAAAAUAGAAACACCGCCCUACAAAUUAAACCGUCGUUUGUCCACAGAACUCACCUCCUCCCUCCCCUGCCUCGUCUCCGCGCAAAGGACCAACGGUACAGCCGACCCUACCGUCGGCGUAUCGUUGGUCCGAUCAAAGACGCGGAGCAACAACACAACCCAAGGGAACACCGCCAAGAAAGAAUUCGACCGGCCAGCCAUGGGAUUGUUCAUCCGCAGGAAGUUCUCCAAGCAGACCGGCAAGCUCAAGUCCCUCCUGGAGCUCGCCCUCUCGCGCGUGGCCAUUGCCCGACGGCCGCGCCUUGCUCGCAAGUCCAUUGCCUCCGGCGACGUCUGCCAGCUCCUUGCCCUCGGCCAACUCGACCGUGCUGUCCACCGGGCAGAGCAGGUCAUACAGGAGGACAACAUGCUGGAGGCGCUCGGUAUCAUAGAGCUCUACUGCAAGUGCCUCGUCGAGAAAGCUGCGCAGUUGGACAAGCCCCAGGAAUGCAGUGAGGAGAUAAAAGAGGCGACCGCCGGCAUCAUAUUUGCUGCCAAGUGGUGCAACGAUCUGCCGGAGCUGCAGUUUGCCCGCAAGAUCCUCACGGACAAGUUUGGCGAUGAUUUCGCUGCGGAGGCCAGAGAAGGCACCGCCUUCGUUGAUCCCAUGCUGGUGUGGAAGCUGUCCGGAGACACAACAAACAUGGAGCUGAAGAAGAAGGUGACCAAACAGAUCGCCGCGGAGAACGAUAUGUCGGUCGACUUCUCACAUCCCAUAUGAGCAACGGAGGAUGGUAACUGUUUACCAAUGUUCCACAGAGUCAAGAACUUGUCGUGCAAAGACCUCAUGGACGAAUGUUCAGAGUCAGACGAUGGGUCGAUGACCAUCCUCGCUCAGGCAGGACGAAUCCUUCGGACUGGAGUGCGGCGAUGAGAAUGCAUGUAGCAUUUCGAACUUCCAUGGAUCGGUUGAUAAGCUGCUGAAGCUGAAGAUGGUGACACCUUUGGCGCGCACAAGAAGAUGAAGUACUUGCUCUGCAUCUGGCUAAAAAAUGUACCAAUUUGGAUGGGGGCAAUGCCAUGUGUACGUCCAAAGUUACUAUCGGGGGAGGGUCGUGGAGAACCAAGGCUCGUUGUAAGUUGUAGCAAGCGAAAGGGAAGACAAUUAUAUUUCACCCUUACAGUACAACUAUGGAAUUUGAAAGUUUUUAACUUCUAAUUGAUUCGUGUAAGCCGAACUCGGUUAGAAGGGGUGUCCA